AUGGAUCCGGCACUAUUACGUGAACGGGAGGCGUUUAAGAAAAAGGCACUUUCCACACCGAGUAUUGAGAAAAAGAAGAAAGAUGAUACCCAGUUCAAAGAUGACAGUAAAAAGAAAUCAAAAUCCUCCAGUUCGGUUAGCUCUGCACCGAAAUUGGAUGCAUCCAAUUAUAAAACAAUGACUGGUAGCUCAGCCUACCGCUUUGGUGUACUGGCUAGAAUUGUAAGACACAUGAGGGCAAGGCACCAAGAUGGUGAUGAUCACCCUUUGAACCUGGAUGAAGUGCUAGAUGAAACAAAUCAACUUGACGUUGGCAACAAAGUUAAGCAGUGGUUGCAAACAGAAGCUCUGCAAAAUAAUCCAAAAAUUGAAUGCACUCAAGAAGGAAAAUAUAUAUUUAAGCCUGUAUAUAAAAUUAAAGACAAGAAGUCUUUGCUAAGGUUAUUAAAGCAACAGGACUUGAAAGGACUUGGUGGUAUAUUACUAGAAGAUGUCCAGGAAUCACUGCCACACUGUGAGAGAGCAUUAAAAAGUUUAGCUCAAGAGAUACUCUACAUAACGAGGCCCACAGACAAGAAAAAAAUAUUGUUUUACAAUGAUAAGACUGCUACUUUAGAUGUAGAUGAAGAAUUCGUGAAGCUCUGGCGAGCCACCGCUGUAGACGCGAUGGACGACGCCAAAAUCGAGGAGUACUUGGAGAAGCAAGGCAUCAAGUCUAUGCAGGACCACGGCCCGAAAAAACCGGUCAUGCCCAAACGGAAGAGAGCCGCGCAGAAACGUAGACAAUUCAAGAAGCCCAGGGACAACGAACAUUUGGCUGAUGUUCUGGAGACUUACGAAGACAACACUUUGACUCAGAAAGGAGUUUCAAUAAAAUAA